CUAAACUCAGGGCUGUUAAAGAACUGGUGUGUAUCUGCCUAGACACCAGAUAUGAUAUCCUGAAUUGUCAAGGAAGGCGCACUUACAAGUGAGAAAUUUGGCCCUAAAAUGAAAUCUCCGCAGUUCAAGAUUACAAUAGCUGUUAUAACCGCAACCUUUGUGCUCCUCCUUGCUGCUGCUAUUUCUGCCAUUGUAGUUGUUGUAGUAUUAGCUAAACAAACGCCAGCAUCAAGUGCUAACAACCGCCGCUAUUUUAGUGGCUCAUUAAGGAUUCUUAACUUAAACUACAGCAAUGAAUACCAGACAGCCACUAGCAAUGAAUUUAGACAAAUGGCAGCUAAAAUCGAAGUACUUAUUGAUUCAGCAUAUAAAGAUUCAGAUCUUAGGAACCAAUACAACAGGACACAGAUCAUCAGCCUAAGUUCUGGAAGUGUAAUACCAGUAUUUGUUCUAUCAUUUAACUUUGCCAACAAUGGGAGCAGUGCCUCAUCUGUCCAAAAGAUAUUUGUAGAAAAUAUGACAAAUACUUCAAAAACCGGCUUUAAUGUUGACCAGAGCUCCCUUCAUUUAUCAGAAAUUACUGCUUCAGAUGCAGAGAAACUCCUUUACAGUGUUCCAAGCACAACAGCAACUUACACAACCAUUCAGGCGACUUCUGCAGACUUUAAAGCUUGUGGAAUUGGAGGUCCUUCAGGGUCAAACAGAAUAGUGGGCGGAACUAAUGCAGCACUGGGUUCAUGGCCUUGGCAAGCAAGUCUGCGUUUAUAUGGUAGUCAUAGGUGUGGAGCUUCUUUAAUCAAUGAUACCUGGCUGGUAACUGCUGCUCAUUGUUUUGAUAUGAAUGCGAAUGUGAAUUCAUGGACAGUAGCUUUGGGAACAAUAAAUGUAUCCUCUGGUUCUGAGUUUAAGAUCGAGAAAAUUAUCAUCUAUGAAGGUUACACCAGUGAAACCCACAAGAAUGAUAUUGCACUCCUUAAAUUAUUCACUCCACUGAACUUUACAAGGACUAUUCGGCCAGUGUGCCUACCAGAAGCAUCUGAUAUAUUUUCUGAUAACUCAUCAUGUUACAUCACUGGAUGGGGAGCACUUAAAGAUGGAGGUUCAGUAUCCCAAGUGCUACAGCAGGCUGAAGUAAAGAUAAUUAAUUUAGACUUAUGCAGCAGUUCUCAGAUGUAUGGAAGUUUAAUAGAUCAGUCAAUGAUAUGUGCUGGUUAUGCUACAGGAAACAUUGACUCCUGUCAGGGAGAUUCUGGUGGGCCCUUAGUUACCCUGAAAUCUGGUAGAUGGGUCCUUAUUGGAGUUGUGAGCUUUGGAUAUGGAUGUGCAUUACCAAACAAACUUGGUGUAUAUUCCAGAAUAACUUAUUUGCACAACUGGAUAACAAAACACUCUGGUCUAUAAUGUAUAAUGCUCUAGCCUUGCUAAAUUAAAGAUCAGAUGAAUGAUUUCUUGCAAUGCAGUAUAUCAGCAUGUAGUAUGUUGUGGUUUAUUAAAAGGUUUUAAAGGUCCAGUAACCCCUUAAAAUUAAAUUUGUUGGCAAUUUGUUUUUCAUGUCCAUUUUCCUUCACUUAGGACUAGGAAAAAAAUCAGAUUUUCAUUCGUGUAGAUUUAGUUAUUGUCUUAAGGCAACUUAAAUGUACUAAAUAAAAGCUGCUAAAAUUAAUA